UUUUAAUUUAGGCUUUUUGGCAUCACUUCAUGUAUAUUUAUUUAUAGUGAGCGUUUUUUUAGAGAUCCUAAAGACUAGAAAAACUGAUUUAUAUCUAUUAUUUUAAUUAGUAUCUAUGUUUGAUUAGUGUACUUGUAUUUAGAAGUCGAAGUGUAAAAUGUUUCAUAAAGGAGGUGAUGGCAAACCACGAGGCUUUGGAUUUGGUGGUUUUUCUCUUGGAGGAAAGAAACAAGAUCAGCCAGUUCAUUCCUUAUCAGCAAUGCCUCCUCCACCAAUGGUAAAUAAACAUGGAUAUACAGGUCUACAAGCUAUUACUCAAACUGCCCUUGAUGCUACUUAUGGUAUUCCUCGUAAAAGGCCGAAGACUGAAGAAGAAUACUUUGAACAAGAAGAUGAUGAAGAACCUUCUUCAAGUAGUAACAGUAAUGCUCUUGCUUAUAUACCUGCUCCAGGAAGUCCAAGUUGGGAUCUUCAAAAUUCUAAAAACAAUUCUGAUAGUGAAGAAGAUCCUUUAGAUGCAUUUAUGGCUGGAUUGGAUAAUCAAGUUGCUAUAGAAAAGGAGCAUGCUGAAAAAAUGAAGAAAAAAGAGGCCAAAGGUAUCCGAGAAGAUAUUGAAAAUGAGGAUGACGAAGAAUCAUACUACCGAUACAUUGAAGAAAAUCCUCUCGCUGGCCUUGAAAAAGAAGAUAGUGAAGGUGAACUUGAAUAUGAUGAAGAUGGAAAUCCUAUUGCUCCUGCUAAAUCAAAAUACAUUGAUCCUUUGCCUAAGAUUGACCACUCUGAAAUACAGUAUGAAAGUUAUGAGAAAAACUUUUAUGAAGAACAUGAAGAAAUUGCUAAGUUAUUGCCGAAUGAAGUCGAGGAAUUACGGAAUAAAAUGGGAAUCAAAGUUACUGGUCCCGCUCCUCCCAAGCUUGUUGCCAGUUUUGCUCAUUUCGGGUUUGAUGAAAGCUUAAUAAAGGCCAUUCGAAAAUCAGAAUAUACUCAACCUACUCCUAUACAAGCUCAGGGAAUACCUGCUGCUCUAGCAGGUCGUGAUGUAAUUGGUAUUGCCAAGACAGGAUCUGGUAAAACUGCUGCAUUUUUAUGGCCUAUGCUAGUGCACAUAAUGGAUCAAAAAGAACUAGAACCUGGAGAUGGUCCUAUAGGUUUAAUUUUAGCUCCUACAAGAGAAUUGUCACAGCAGAUUUACACGGAAGCCAAAAGAUUUGGUAAAGUGUAUGGAAUCAAUGUUGUCUGCUGUUUUGGAGGAGGAAGUAAAUGGGAACAAACAAAAGCUCUUCAGGAAGGAGCAGAAAUUGUUGUUGCCACUCCGGGUAGAAUGAUUGAUCAUAUAAAGGCUAAGUCUACAAAUCUAAAGCGAGUCACAUUUCUUGUACUUGAUGAAGCAGACAGAAUGUUUGACAUGGGAUUUGAGCCUCAGGUUCGUUCUAUUUGUGACCAUGUACGUCCAGAUCGUCAAACAUUGAUGUUUAGUGCAACAUUUAAGAAGAAAAUUGAGAGGUUAGCUCGUGAUGUUCUUACUGAUCCAGUUAGGAUUGUUCAAGGGGAGCUUGGAGAAGCAAAUGAAGAUGUCACACAAAUUGUCCUUGUCAUGCCAGCAGGUCCUGCAAAAUGGGUUUGGCUCACUAGUAAAUUGGUCGAACUUCUGUCGUCUGGCAGUGUUCUGAUUUUUGUCACCAAAAAAGCUAAUGCUGAAGAACUGUCUAAUAACCUGAAAUUAAAGGAAUAUGAUGUUGCUUUGCUUCAUGGAGAUAUAGAUCAAAACGAAAGGAGCAAAGUAAUUCUUUCUUUCAAAAAGAAAGAAGUACCUAUUUUGGUGGCUACUGACGUUGCUGCUCGUGGUCUUGAUAUAACUCAUGUAAAAACUGUUGUAAAUUACGACAUCGCAAGAGAUAUCGACACCCAUACUCAUCGCAUUGGUAGAACUGGUAGAGCAGGAGAAAAGGGCAUUGCUUAUACGCUUGUAACUGAUAAAGAUAAGGAAUUUGCUGGUCACUUAGUUAGAAAUCUAGAAGGAGCAAAUCAAGCAGUUCCUCAAGCAUUAAUGGAUUUAGCCAUGCAGAGUUCUUGGUUCCGAAAAUCUCGUUUUAAGCAAGGGAAAGGAAAAAAGAUGAAUUACAUGGGUGGGCAAAGAGAAAGACCUGGGCUUGGCUCAGAAGAAAUGUAUUCAGGUGGUGCAGCUAAAAGUAGCAUUGUCUCCAGUAUGUCUCAUUCUAGUUUACCUAAGUUUAGUGGACCUCAAACAGAUCGAUUAUCUGCCAUGAAAUCAGCUUUUCAGUCACAGUACAAAACUCAAUUUACUGCCGCAACUGAUACUGCUUGGAAGAUGGCUUCGAGAGAAAAGGAGGCUGAAAAAGAAAGAAUCAGAAAAGAGCGUAAAAAGAGCCGAUGGGACAAUAGUUAGUAAUUUACAUCAGCAAUUUACCAGAAAUUCCUUUUGACGCUCUUAAACUUUAAUUGUAUAAAGUUUGUAAAUAAUAAUAGACCAUUUUGUUGUAAUGUAGACCAGACCUCAUACUGUUAUUUCAUCUUGCGAUUGUUUCUACAGAAGAAUCAAUAAAUCAAUUUUUUUUAAAAGACACAA